UGUUUAGCGAUAAAAAGGAAUCUCCGUCCUAAAAUUCCAGAAUCGAUUAGGUUUUUCCGACCAGAAAACGCUGAGAGAUGCAAUUGGUGGCGCUAAAUCCGGCAUCCAUUCCCAGGUCGGCGACACACACCCUAGCCCUAGAGCCUUCCUCCUCUCGUCUUCUUUCUUCUGCUCAGAGUUUGAGCUCCCAACGCUCUUUACGUCUCGUAGCUAGGUCUCGUAAUCGAUUCCCACGAUUAUCUCAAAAUCUAUCGACUCGACGAUCCCAAGUUGUAAAGGCAGUGGCAACCCCAGACCCAGUCUUGGAAGUACCCUUGACAGAGGAAAAUGUUGAAAGCGUCUUGGACGAAAUCAGACCAUACCUUAUGUCUGAUGGUGGGAAUGUCGCACUGCAUGAGAUCGAUGGCAAUAUUGUUCGAGUGAAACUGCAGGGAGCUUGCGGUUCAUGCCCAAGUUCUGUUACGACAAUGAAGAUGGGUAUUGAGCGUCGCCUUAUGGAAAAGAUCCCUGAGAUAGUGGCUGUUGAAUCAGUUCCUGAUGAAGAGACUGGCCUUGAACUCAAUGACGAAAACAUUGAAAAGGUGCUGGAAGAAAUCAGGCCUUACUUGAUCGGAACAGCAGAUGGCUCCCUCGAAUUGGUGGAGAUUGAAGAACCGAUCGUGAAGAUAAGAAUCACAGGACCUGCUGCUGGAGUCAUGACCGUACGAGUAGCAGUAACUCAGAAACUCAGAGAGAAAAUUCCUUCAAUUGCAGCUGUUCAACUAAUAUGAACUUGUCUCUUUCUUUGUAUAGUUAUUAUAUGAUGUACAGAUACUGUGUUUGACAUUUGAUAUUUCUGCCCACAUGUUUUAUUUUAACU